UGACAUACUGUGUUACUGCUACUGCAAGUCAUGAUGUUGUUUAUUUUUACUUUGUAAGCCGCAAGAUAGCGAAAAGCAGUUCAUUCAUUCAAUACAUUUCAAAAUAAAGUGAAUAUUUAUUAGUACUACAAGAUUAGAAUAUUGUUUUACUAUAAAUUACCAACACAUUCAAAAUGUCUAUCGGUUCCGUUUAUGAAACGGCAUACAAGGGAGACUUUAAUCAAGUGAAAGUAAAAAUUGAUGAGAAUAAAAGAUUGAUUGAAACACCGGAUUCCAAUAACCGCCUUCUAAUUCAUUGGGCUUCUCUUGGAGGUAAUGAAAAUUUAGUAGAUUAUUUAAUAGAUACAGGUUCUCCUGUGGAUCCGGUGGAUGAUACAAAUUAUACACCUUUAGUACUCGCUGCGUCAGCUGGACGGUUUGAAGUUGUAAGACUUCUUGUUGGUAAAGGAGCAAAUGUUAACCAUAAAACAGACCGGCAUCAGACUGCUUUACAUUAUGCUUCAUCUAAAGGACAUGAAGAGAUUGUAAAAUUCCUGAUGGAUGCAGAUAGCAAUGUUAAUACUCCUGAUGUGUUAGGUGCAACUCCACUUCACAGGGCUGCAGCUCAGGGUAGAACAGAAAUUGUUAAAAUUUUAUUAAGUUCACCACACAUCAAUGUUGAUGUCCAGGAUUCAACUGGAUGUUCACCCCUUCAUUUGGCUUGUGAAGAAGACCGCCAACCAACAGCUGUUUUAUUAAAAAAUGCUGGAGCUCAAACUGAUCUAAAAAAUAAGGAUAAAAAGACACCAUUAGAUUUGUGUUCACUUAAACUUAAACGUUUACUUGAAUAAAUAUAUAUAUACAUUAAA